CGCUUUGUUUAUGGCGAGGACGGCUUCGCGAGACAACGUAUGGGCACAUGGUCACGUGACGUUCAUGUUGCUAUCUCUCACGGCUCACGGAUUAUUAAAAAUCGGUUCGAUAACUCGCAUUAGAUCCUUUCAUGAACCGACUCCGCAAUACCUUCGCUCCGCCGCGAACAUAUAUCAGAUUAACAGACAUCGAGUCCGGCCUCUGGAGCAAACCCCAGCAAUGCCGCAGAGAACUGGCGCGCUCCGCCGCUGCCACCUCAAAUGGCCGUAAAUCAGGUACUGCCGAUCCCGUUCCUCGGCUCGCAGGUGCCACAUACCUGCCAUUGCGAGAACAUGCUCGGGACGCCCCACGAUAUAAUUGCACUCGUGACCUCUUUGUGGUGCCUGCAGCCAAGCAUUGGAGCGCACGCUCAGCAUCAGAGGAUAGAUCCCACGCCAUGGCACCACUUAAGCUCUCGCCUCGCAGAUCGCACCCCCCAUAUGCUUACGCUCCACCGCUGUCGCACGUCGUAGCGCUCUCAUCUCUUGGAUAGUUUCACGUCGCAUCGUCGUACAACGCACAAACCAAGAAGCCAACAUUCCGUCGCAACUGACGCCGAGCAGCUCUCACCGACGCAUACU